UGAAUUUAUCGUCAAAGUAAAUGAUUGAAAUAAUAUGACGAUGAACGAAUUCGUCCUUCAAUGUGUGAUGUUUCGUUAACUAAAAAAUAAAGAUUCAUAAUAUCAUGAAUCAGUUAUGGUUUUUAAUUUGUUUAACUGUUACAUUGACUAACUGUCAGAGGUUCAACAAUUCGUGUGAAUGUGGUAUAGCUGGUAAGAACCGUCGUAUAGUAGGAGGCACGACGGUGCAACCAUAUCAGUAUCCUUGGCUCGUAUCACUUAUGUUGGGAGCGAAACUACAUUGUGGUGGAGCCAUUAUAACAGACCUGCAUGUAUUAACAGCGGGACAUUGCAUUACAUUUGGCGUACAUUAUCGUGAUCUAUCAGUGCAUGUAGGGAUGCACGAUCGUUUAGACAAUACGUACGCUGUUCUACAUGUGGUUAAUGGAGUCAAACAUCCAUCUUUCACUUCAAACGCUGUCCGAGAUAUAAACGACAUCGCCGUGUUAACGUUGAAUAAAAGAUUGAAGUUUACGGAUAAAGUACGACCGAUUUGUUUGCCAAGUGAAGACAUGGAAUUUAAGGACGUGCCUCUGACCGUUGCUGGUUGGGGCAAAACUAGACAAGGGGCUCUGACGUCAUCCAGAUAUUUAUUAGAAACCAAAGUGCAAACAGUAGAAAGCGUUAAGUGUCAAAAGUCAUCUAUAUACAAAGAAAAUCUAGUUCCUGAUACUAUGAUGUGCGCUUAUAGUUUGGGCAAAGAUGCAUGUCAGGGUGAUAGUGGAGGACCUCUGUUUGCAACCAACAAAAAGACACAAAACAAAAAGUGGUAUCAAGUUGGUAUCGUAUCGUGGGGUAUAGAUUGUGCCAUGCCAGAUUAUCCAGAAUGCGGCAAAGCGUCAGAUUCAAUAGUAUCGAUGAGGAUAGUAGGCGGCAGGAGAGCGGAGCCCCACUCGUUUCCGUGGGCUGUGGCGACCCUCAAGAACAACCGUAUGCACUGUGGAGGCGCCGUUAUCACUAGUAAACAUGUGCUCAGUGCUGGACAUUGUUUUAAAUGGGAUAAUUUUAACACCAUGAAAGUUCUCAUAGGUUUGGAUAAUUUGGACAAAUUGAAUGGCGUCGUUCAGAGAAAUAUAUCGAACGUGAUAAUCCAUGAGGCUUUUACGUCGACAGCGGUUCGAGAUGAAAAUGAUAUAGCCAUAGUGACGUUAAAUUCACCAGUUUUAUUUGGAGAUACCAUCGUCCCUAUUUGUUUACCUAAACCAGGUCAAGACUUUGCCGGUUGGACAGGAACUAUUGUGGGGUGGGGUCGUAUUGGUGUAGAAAAAUCAUCCUCGAGGGUACUUUUAAUGGCUAGUCUGAAGAUUUUGUCUGACGAAGAAUGCAUGAAGUCACAGUUGGCGCAACAUCUGAAGCCUACAAUGAUGUGCGCUUUCUCUAAAGGAAAGGACGGAUGUCAGGGAGAUAGUGGAGGCCCAUUACUGGUGUUUGGGACUGAUGGAAGAUACAUGCAAGCAGGUAUAGUCUCCUGGGGUAUCGGUUGUGCAGAUCCUAGGUAUCCUGGAGUCUAUACAAAAGUUAGCAAUUAUAUCGAUUGGAUACAACGACAUACAAAGGACGGAGACAGGUGUUCAUAGCUUUGCUGUUCGAAGGAUAAAUAAUACUUAUUUUAAAAAUAAAGAUAUGAAAGUA